AUGAUUGAAACCAACCUCAACCUCGCCGGUUCCCUAAGCCCUUGUCUUGAGCAGGUUUUAGGCCUCGAGCAACUUUUUGCGAGCGGACAGGAUAACCUGAACCUUUCAAAUAAUGGCAAUAAUAAUGUCAACAGCUUGAAUGGAACGGUUGUCUCGAAUUCAACAGCUAGUGUUAGUGCGAGUAACUCUACCGCUGUCGCGAACUCAACAGCGGACGCCAGUAGCCAACAACAAAACGGCAAGGAACAGAGCGCUAAAGGCAAAGGCAAGAAGAACGGCAAGCGAGUCGAGGUCAUGCAGCGAUCUGGUACGAUUAAGAAGCAAGUUCUGAGCGGUGUUGGUCUGGGGUUGAUGGUGAUGGUUGGGGCUUUUGCUUUGUAA